GAACGCAAGCGCACUUGUGUUGUCCGACAUUUUGCGCCAAGUUUCCUGGAGAAAUAUUUGCAAAUUGGAAAUGAUAGUCUUAUGAACAAUCAGUGCGCAAUGCGCUUACAAAGUCUCCACGAACCGAAGACCACAAACGUUUUGCAUUAUAUGCUUUAGUUUGUAGUGCGCUCGGUUUCGUCAGAGUUGCAAAAUUUUGGUUUAAUUGUGACAUUUUACCAGAGUUGGUUCUUUUUUGUGCUCUUCGCUUGCAAAGUUCAUCAUCAUUACAAACCAAAAUGGCGUCUUGUGAAUAUGAUUUAGACACUUCUGGAGGGUUGAUGGAUGAUAUUCAGAGGUUGAUAGCUCCACCUGUCAGUGAAGAUGCAGCACGAAGGAUGAGAAGAGGACCAAAGGAAUUCAAAAAGCAUGGAAAGGCUAUAAAUCAUGACUACUGUGAUAGUUGUACUGAAGGGGGUGAUCUUGUUUGCUGUGACAGAUGUCCUGCUUCAUUUCAUCUCCAGUGCCAUGAUCCUCCACUAGAAGAAGAUGAUAUUCCUCCAGGAGAAUGGAUCUGUCAUAGAUGUAAAACUGGCCCAAAAGAGAAGGAUGAUGAUGCCUCCUCAACUAAGAGUGGCAGCUCUUCCAAUGGUGGGAAGUCUUCAAAGUACCUUCCACCACCGGUUCCAAUACCUGUAUUGUUGUCAAACCCAUUGCACACACUGGCUGAAGCUGCCAAAGUACUUAAUCCAGUACAGUUUGAGCUUCCAAAAGAUAUAGACUGCACAACCCCACUUCCAGGAUCAUACAAAAGGAAGUGGUGGGGAAGAGAUAAAAAUUUACCAUCUAAAAAGGCAGCACAUGAGUUGGAUAAUGGAUUGGUACCCCUGCCUGCCAAAUUAUGUUUUGUUUGUAACAAGAGUUGUCGGGUGGCUCCCCUGUUACCUUGUGACUAUUGUCCAUGUAUGUAUCACUUAGACUGUUUGGAUCCACCUCUUACCUCUGUACCUACAACAGUAUGGAUGUGUCCCAAUCAUGUAGAAAACAUCAUUGAUGAGAAACUUUUAAAGACAACUAUGAUCACAGAAAGAGUGAAAUUAUGGGAUAAAUAUAAUGACAGAGUUAAUCAGCAUAGUGUAAAAAUGGGAUUUAUGAAGAAAGUACACAGAAGAGACCCUCCAUUCAGGUUAAAAUAUCGACAUCCACGACGAAAAGCUGCACAGAUUCCUCAAUCAAUUAAGGAUUACUACCAAUAUCCGAGUGAUUUAUUACCACCACCAACUUUAGAUACAAGCGGGGGAACUUCUGAUGAUGCUACCAAUAGAGAUUGUCUGUCAGAAACAUCACUGGAAGAACAAGAGCAUUGGUUAAAGUCUGUGGUUUCACUGCAGACAAGUAUAGCACAGUUUUUGACUAAAAAACAGUUGGAACGAAGUAAUUCACUGGAUAGCUGUAAAAAUUCUGAAUCUGCCAAAACUGAAAAACCGACAGCCUCGGUUCAGCCAGUGCAAAAUAGAGACUUAAUGGAUCAGUCUAAUUCUGUAUCGGAAAGCAGUAACCAGUCCAGUGAUCUUAAAUCUAAAAAUAGUAACUUUAGUGAUUGUAGUGUAUCAAAUGGACCUCUAGUCUCAAAUUGUGACACAAAAGUGAACAAUGGACAUCUAGAUGUGAGUAAAGGAGCUGUGUCAUUAUUAAACCCCUCGUGUAGUUCUUUAAAUGGUGACAUUGAAAUGGCAGAACCUGCUCGAUCAAAAUCAGACUGCAGUAAUACACCUGAUGGAACUUCAAAUUUUGUGAAAUUGACUUGGCCUGGCGGUGAUAAACAAGUAAAUGUAUCAAAUAAUGCACAAACUUCUGGUAGUAGAAAUAUUGUUAUUAGUACUGUGAGUAAAACAAACAAUGUAUAUACGCGAGUGGUACCAGGAAUUCCUGGAAAGCUAGCAGGGCAGACAUCAAUAUUGUCUGCCAGGGGAGGUAACCAAACAGGGAAACAAGGCAGCACCAUACUCAAGUCAAACGUAGCAUCUGGCAGCCCUUCAACAAAAGUCAUCACAGUGAAUCAAUCUCAACAAGCAUCAAAACUUGCAAUAUCCCAGGGGAAGGCACCUCAAGUAACAAGUACUGGGGCCAAUCAAACAUCAUCUGCAAUAAUCUCACUAAACAACACCCUUCAGCAGUGCCUCGAGGGUACUGCAGACUUGGAGUUGAGUAAACUAGAUGAAAAGUUGAUACAGAUAUUAGCUUGGCAGCGACUGCAACAGUUGAUGCCAAGUAAAACAGGCAGUGAGUCACAGAGAAAAAACUCAGGUUCAUUAAAUGGUCUCCUCACAACACCAGGUCUUCAGGAUGUACAGGCGAGAGCAGUUCUGUGUCCAUUGUCCGGUAGAGGGGAGGCUAUUCCUAUGCCAUACAGAACCUUGUCAAUAGGGACAGGUGCUGAUAUGGAUGUCUGUCUAGGCCAGUAUGGACAAUGCAAUUUCAUCUCGGCAAAACAUGCAUUCAUUUUCUAUGAUGAGACUAGUAAGCAUUAUGAGCUAUUGAACUACAGUGAGCAUGGAACAACUGUGGAUAAUGUGCUUUACUCCUGUGAUUUCUCCGAUAAACCCGCCACAACUCCACAACCAUCAGCAGUGGUAGCAGCAGUACGGCAUCUCAACAAAAUGCACAAACCUAAAAUGAAGGCCGAUGAACGGUUAACCAUGACAGCUCGACCGCCUGAUACGCGGUUGAGAUGUAAUUGUAAAGGCAGCAGCUCCAGUCUGAUAGGUGGGAGCGGGGCAGGCUGGGAAGGCACAGCGAUUCUCCACCACGGUAGUUACAUCAAAGUGGGCUGUAUACAGUUUGUGUUCAGCAUUGUAGAUCAUGCCACUUCACAGCCAAUAACUGGUGUGAAAAGAGAACCUAUGUCAUUACUUAAGUCACAUCUAAAAGGGGUUCCAUAACAUAUAGACAACUUGUUUUACGUUUCAUGUCUUCUGUGAUACAACAUUUUAAUCAAAUUAAGGUGAGAAUAUUGGGCAUUAUUUUAGAAUAUAUGAUCACAAGGAUUUUUCCUACCUUUUAUUUUUUCGAAAAAAAAUUGUUAAGUUGUCGUGCAAAUUUUGGUUGUAGAAACUGAAUUUUUUUCCAUUUAAAAGAUAAUUUUGUUAAAAUUGGUCUUCUACUUAUUGUAAAUCCCUGAGUCUUUGAUAAUGAAAUUCUGAAGUAUAAAAUAGUAAAAUGAGAUGCAGAAUUCAGGAAGUCUUCAGUGUAUGUGUAGAUGUUUCUUUCUUUGCAAUCUUACACAAAGUGGCCACUAGAAACAACCGGAAACCAUGUGAUUUUCAAUGGCCUUGAAUUGCAGCAUUCAUGGUCAGUCUCCAGGUUUGAUUAUUUUGCUGUGCCCCAUGACAUGAUGGCCCAAAAAUACAGAUAAAUUGAGAAUAGCUUUAUAGAUAAAGUUGUUGGUAUUUUGUUAAAUAAUUGUUGUUGCCAAAGUUUAACCCAGACUGACAUUUGGUCAGUUUCUUCCAAAUGUUUAGUGUUGCACGACAUACACAUUAUCCAUUACAGAAACCUCAUGUUUUGUCACAGAAAACAUGAAACGUUAUUUAUUAAAUUAUUAUUUUUACAUAAAAAAAUGAAUACUGCUAUUUAGUACUUCUGAGUAAAAUUCUGCAAUAGACCUAAAUUUACUUUGUCAAUGAAAUGAUUGACUUCUUCCUCUUGUUAAAUGUUAAGAUUGUUUUUGUUACAUUUAUAUCUUAAGGGUCAUGUUUUUGGAUUAUGGUCAUAUUUGCAAUUACAUUGCUAUUUGUACUGGUUGAUUAAAGUCAUGUGUGUAAGAUCUUCCUUUCCAGUACCAAUCAUGAAAUUUUCUAGAUUAACAGAAUACACUAAGAUUAAAGUAUUACAACUAUUUUUAUAACGGGUUUCCAAAUUACUUAAAAUUUCCAGGCACUGUUAUUUCUUUGAAAGUUAAGCUUCUGUCCUUGCCUGAAGAAUUAGUUUGAAAAGAAUUUAAGACAAGUUAUAUUUAGGGCUAGACAUUAACUUAAAAAUUGUUGGGCAAGUGCUUCUGUUAAUGUGGUCUUUACCAAAAAUGUUCUUGUACCAAUAUUUAGUAAAAAAAAUAGAAAUACUAAGCGUUAUAGUUGUAAAUUUGGCUGACUGUAUUGCUCCUGGUGUUCAGAAUUGAAGAAAUGAUUCAAAUGUUAUGAGUCUUAAAAAUGUCUGUUAUUUGUUGGCAAUAAAUUUGGAGCAGUGUUUUGACUUCCAAAAUACUG